AUGCCUAACGUCAUCGUGACUUGCACCUUCAACCCCCCAUCCGUCACCAUCCAGGGGGCGAGCAUACGCCAGGACACGAUCGAUGCCCUUCAGCGCGCACUGCCGAAGCAGACCACGACGAGUCUGCCUACACAGCGCCCCAGUGAACCUGCCAAGUUCCUCCUGACGAGCCGCAGCGGUACAGUGCAGGCGGGCACAGUGAACCGCAUCGAGGCCGGGGGUGCCGUCGCCGAUGGCGUGGCAGAGGGCAGGGAGGAGUUUUCCUCCCCGAACCACAACUCGACUGGAGUGGCCUCUGGCGAAGACGCUGAGGCGUACAAGAGCUGGCAUGUUGACCUUGGGCAGCACUACUGCGAUCAGAUGGGCCGUACCAUGAUCUUCCUCGUCAUCAUCGAGGCGCUGGAGGAGGAGGGCUUCGGGCUGCGUGGCACGCACAGCUUGGUGGUGAAGGAGAAGGACAUUACCCGCCUCAUUUUCGUACGCUCGUAA